GCGGCCCCCGCCCGGCACCGCGGCCCCCGCGGGGGGGUGAGCGCGGCCCCCGCGCAGGAUGAGCUCUGCCGCGGCCAAGAACGCUAUUGAUGCCUUUCAGACACUGAGGUUUCCCCUCCGCAGGCGUCCAAGGAACAGUUUUCUCUCGUGUCCCAUGUGGGCAGACUGCUUGGCGUGGUGGGUCUCAAGAAACAGGUGAAAGGCUUUGCGUUUCCAAGUGCAUCCCAAAUAUAAGCUGGGAAGAGGUGGUAUCUGCAGGAAAACACACAGCAGAGCACUGGCUUGGAAACCUGAGAGCUCAGUGCACAAAGCUUGGGGUGUCUUUUCCAGCUUCUAAACCAACAAAAUGUGUUUCCCAGAUGUUUUACUCUGGAUUGGGAUUUAAACCCAAACAUUCAUCACUGCACCACUGAUGCUGGAUAUGAAAAUAGAACCAAAUCAGAAAUCGCUGUAGACAUCAAGCAAAUGCUGCCUUCCUGCCAUCCUCCCAGCUCCAACCGCUCUAACCUGUAGUUCAUAGGGAUUGUACCCUAUUGGGUUGUAAAUGGAGGCAGUUCUUACCUGCUACUUCCCUGGCCUGUGCUCAGCUCUUCCUCUGAGGAAGACCAGAUAGAGUAUCAGUCUGGGACCUGUCCACUGAGGACAAAACACUCCUGAUGUCUCUAGUCUUUACUUAGCUGAUUGUUUUGCCUGGAGACAGCUCCAGGCCCCAGCCUCUGGAGACACAGUUCCCAGCUGAGGGAUGGGUUGUUUUCCAUGUUCUUUUUGGUGAAAUCCCUCAGGGCAUUGAAAUUACAAAGCGAAGAAAUUAGUUUAGCACAGUUUAUUACAGAUGACAGCACAGGCUGCAAAACCAACACAGAACUGUACAGAGGAUUAGGGGAAAUGUCUCUGCCAGCUGAGAGGCCAAAGUCCAAAACAGAUGUGGUAAAGGACAUGAAUUUAUGAGCCAAAAAAUCAUCAGCAAGGUCCCCAUGAAAACCAAGUAAAAAUAGUAUGUCAUGAAUGCUAUGUUUCCCUUUCGAAGUCAUAAUUUCUGUUUCUUUCCCUGCAACCCAGCAAGCUAGACAUUUGAAAAAAAAAAAAAAAAAAAAAAACCAAACAAAAACACAUAGGUGAGAUUUCUAAUGCCCUGAUUCCAGAAACAGAGAAUUUAAGAGAAUCAGUACUUUGUCUGCAAAAGUGUUGUCAAUACUGCCAUCACUUCCCUCCUUACUUAUAAGCCAGUAAACUUUGACUAGAGUAAUUUAAACAUAUGCAUACCUCAUUUAAAGUUACUUAAACCAAUCUAAACUGCAAGAGAAGCAUCAAUUUUACAAAGACUGGAGCACAGAGAUCCUUGGGGCCUCUUUGGUUUUCUGUUGACAGGUUGUGGGUCUGUGAGUAAAUCCCAGCCUUUUUCUGCCUUGCUGUUGGUCUCUGGUAUAAUUUCUAUGCAUUUUGGAGGGUAGUGACACAGACUGAUCCCUGGCAUGCCAUGGGAGCUAUGGAGGGAAUGGGAGACAUGAUUACGGGUUUAUUUGGAGAUAUGCAUGAGUACCAGUUUCCUGUGUGGAAAUAAAAGACCAUAACACAAAGAAGUGAGCUUCAUAUUUUGCACAGAGUUGGCCCAGGAGCAGAGUAACAGCCUCUCCCAGGCCUGCAAUGUAGAAAACUCUGCACUGGCUGGUACUGAUGGCAGGAGGGCUACAGGAGGACCCUAAGGGACCCCCCCGGAAGGGCAGCCUCUGCUCAGGGAGCUGGCAGUCAUUCCUUAGUGAAAUAGAAAUUCUGCAUGUGGCUUUGCUUUCCUUGUUUGUUCCCUAGGGCUGUAUUUCUUCACUGGCAACUGCUGAGAGCCUGACAGGUUCUCUAGAUACCUUAUUUAUUUAUGGACAAAAAACUAGGGAAAUAAGGAUGGUUCCUAAAUGUGCUUCCAACCUCAAAGCUGGUCAAUCGUUCCGCUAUCAGGGCUGGUGCUGCAGCAGAACACACAGGCAUGCUGAUGCAGCUGACUGCAGUCGCUCAGGAUUGAAUCUGACUGGCUGGUUUUUGUGUCCUGGGCACAGAUUUGGGGGCAUAGUCCUUUUCUCAUUGGCUUUAGGCAAGAAGCCUUCCCCCAUCUCAGCUGAGUUAAAAGGGAAAACAAAGAGCUUGGUUUUAUUUCCUGGAGUAGAUUGCAUACACUGACCAUGGCAUCAGAAAAGCCGAUACUUUAUAGCUAUUUCCGAAGUUCGUGCUCUUGGAGAGUGAGAAUUGCACUGGCUCUGAAAGGAAUUUCCUAUGACCUGGUGCCAGUGAACCUCCUGAAGGAUGGGGGCCAGCAGUUUUCUGCUGAAUUCAAGGCACUGAAUCCAAUGCAGCAAGUCCCAGCCCUGAAAAUUGAUGGCAUCACUCUUUCUCAGUCUCUAGCUAUAAUUCAUUACCUAGAAGACACCCACCCUAACCCCAGGCUUCUGCCCCAAGAUCUGAAGAAGAGAGCCCAAGUCAGAAUGAUCGCUGAUCACAUUGUCUCUGGCAUUCAGCCACUCCAGAACCUGAGCAUCCUGAAACAAAUGGGGGAGAAAAAAAUGGAAUGGGCUCAGAACUGCAUUGCAUCUGGCUUUCAAGCGCUGGAGCAGAUUCUGCACCACACUGCUGGGCGCUACUGUGUGGGGGAUGAAGUUUCCAUGGCUGAUCUGUGCUUGGUGCCUCAAAUUUUCAAUGCUGAAAGAUUCAAAGUGGACAUGGGCCCAUAUCCCACAAUAUCCAGAAUAAACAAAGCUCUCCUGGAGUUAGAGGCAUUCAAAGUAAGCCACCCAUCCCGGCAGCCAGAUACUCCUGCAGAGCUGAGAGCUUGAAGCCCUUCUACUCAUUAAAUCAAGUAAGCUGGAGCGUCAGAGAGGACAACAGCUACAGCUUAAGUAAGACUUUAGUGCCAGCAGGAAGCCCUAGUACUAUUGUCUCACUUUCAUCUGUGAGAAGGACAGAGGACCUAGAAGUAGCCUGGAUGACUUACAGGAGCUAUGUCUGUGUUGGAAAGCUUGCAGCUACUUCUGACUAUGUUUAUGUUUUUUCUACCUGAUGUAUCUCCAUGAAGCAGAUUAAAGCAAAAGCAUCCAUAAUUA